CAAAACAAAAAAAGGCAUCAUAAUCAGAGAUGCCUUACACAUGCGACGUCGAAGAUUGCGGUCGCGUCUAUCAGCGCAAGGAACAUCUCAACAGACACAAGAAGGACCACGACGAGGUCAAGUCGUUUGAGUGCCCAGCAUGCGGAGCAAAGUUCUCAAGAGGUGACACGCUCCGCCGUCACAUGAACCUUCAUGGCCCUCGAGCCGAAGGUCCGCUCCCAGCCCGUGUGGCAAAGGCCUGCGUGAACUGCCACAAGUCAAAGACUCGCUGCGACGGCAGGGAACCCACCUGCUCUCCGUGUGCGGACAAGGGCCGAGAAUGCGCCUAUCCUAAGCGAGAUAGCGGCAGCACCGGCGGCGAUGGCGAUGUCCCCAAGGUAUCUCCUCCGCCGGCUCCUGUCGAGCAGCCCAGUAUCGACCACGAUGCCGUCAUGACCAUGGAAUCGAUGGAUGUCGACAUCAGUAUGGAUAUGGUACCGACUCUGCCCAUCAUGGAUAUGGACAUGGGUUUAGUAAACACAGGCAGCAAUCUGUCAACCCAAACAACAGACCAGCAGAAUAUGGCCUCCAUGCCGGGCUAUACAGAGUUCAUCCCAAUCCCACCCGAUCUCAAAACGCAAAUACAGACCUUGGCGGCGCCGACACCCCCGACACCGCCGACACCACCAGCUGCACUGCAGGACCCACGGAACCAGCAGCUGGCGGAAACUUAUUUCACCGUUUUCCACCCGCAUUGGCCCAUCGUCCACCGGGACACAUUUAUGAACAAGCAGCAACCCGAACUGCUCACCCGCGCCGUCAUGAUCAUCGGCCUCUUCUUCCAGGGCUCAGCCGAGGCACGCAGCAUUGCUUUGGAGCACCAUAGAAAGCUCCUGAGGGAAGCCCAGAACAAAGUUAUAAUCCUCUCCAAAAAGACGCGCCAAACCCUCCUAUCCGCCCCAUCGGCCGCCCUCCUCCCCCACCUGCAGGGGAUCCUCCUGGCCAUGAUCCUACCGACGUACCUCCGGAACCGGGCCCUCGACGUGACGCUGGGCAUGAGCCCCGUGCUGACGACGGUGCUGUCGGCGUGCGGGGCGCACGACCAGCGCCGCAUCGACGCCGCCAACCCGCUUGACCGCGACAGCACCGCGCCCUGGGUGAUACGCGAGACGUACCAGCGCCUCGCCCUGCUGCACUACAAGCUGCACCUGCUCGCCUCGGCCGUCUUCGUCAGCCUCAUCCCCUGGAACACCAUCGACCGCUCCCUGACGCCCGAAAUGCUGCACGUCCGCGCCCCGUCUAGCAGGCACUGGUGGGAGAGGCCGCCCGUCAAUUGGGACCCGGAUGUCCCGUCGUCCUAUGGGGAUUGCAGUGGGAGUGGCGGUGGUGGUGGGGAUGGUGGUGAUGGACAGCAGCAGCAAGGGCAACAUGAUGAUUCCUUUGUUCUCGUCAGCACCAUCGCUAAUAGAGCCAGGGCGGCCGGCACCACACAGUGUCUGUUGCCGCUGUUUGCUUGGGACCGGGACUUUGCCUUGGUUUUGGGUUGUUGGUGUACCAAGCCAGAAGAAGAGAGGGAUGAUAUUUUCGUGGCGAGGUUGAGACCGUACCUGGCCAAUAUUUUAAAAAUUAGCCCCGAUGGAGUCAUGUCGUCUCUCGGGGUGUAGCAUAUAUGAGUCGGACAUUAA